AUGGAUACAUAUCGAGUUUGGAAGCAUUCUCUAGUUGAUGGCUGCUACAGAUAUACAAUUUUGGAUAUGACCAAGAACCCAACCGAAUUAAAAGAAAUAACUGAAGAAGAAGCUUCUCAAUUAGAACAAGGCCCUAUAAUUGAUUAUUGGAAGAGCGUUAUGAUUCUGAGAUCUGAUAACAAAGACAUCCGGAAUGCUGUCAGCAUAGAAUUAACCCAUCAAGUCAGAGCAAAAUAUUUCUCUCACUCGAAUGAUCAAAGUAAUAAAAUAAACCAGCAACCAGCGAGUACCACAACAUACACAAAUCAAAAUAUUGCAAAUUCAAGAAAUUUAAUUCAGAAUUCUUCAAAAGAUAAUUUAUUAGCUUCAUCUACAGAUAAAAAUAUUAGUACAGGAGGCAAAACAUCGCAAACUGUAUCUAAUCAACCACAAUACUCUGAAAAUCAAAGCACUAGAAAUUUUAUUUCAGAAAAAUCAACAAAUACAGCGACUUCAUAUCAGAAUUCUAGUACAGAAAUACAAAAUUACAAUACCUCCGUUCAAACCAUUACUCAACAACCAGUAAAUCAGAACUUGCAAGUUUCUAUUCCUCAAAACGCGAUCAACGCUCAGCAGAACAUGCAGAAACAGAGCUCAGCUCCGAUGCGGCAAAAUCUUACCUUCACAACCCAGCAGCAAUAUCUUCAAUUCAUUCGACAGGCACAGCAAGUGAAGAUGCAACCUACAGCGCCACACACUGCAGUUACCCAGCCAAUUUCCAUGGCCAUAGCUCAAAAUCAGGUUCAAAUUCCGCAAAAUCUUCAGAUGCAAACAAAUCCAAUGCAGCAGAGCUAUUCAGCCUAUGCAAAACCUUCUGUAUAUAACCAGUCCAUUACAACUCAACAGAACUACCAGCAAUUUCCUCAAAACCAGCAAGUUUUCCAGCAAUUCAACCAACAAAGACAGACAGCUCUAUCAUCUCAGCUUUCCACAGCCCAGCAGCACUUCCACAACCACCCUCCUCAGCCGCAGAUCAACCAAAAUCCGCCAACUCAGCCAACCCUCCUUCAGAUACAGCGGACUCCUUCGAAUUUCGGACAGAAUCAGCGCGAAACACAGGCUGAAUUGGUUCCAUCCGAGAUCCCAACAGAGAGACUCAUCAAGCUGCACAAGUUCUACAUGGAGUGCGCGCAGCAGGAGAGCGAGUUCUUCGCCAUGCUGAAGGAAGAGCUGAAAAAUCCAAAACCAGUAAAUUUGGCGCCAAACUCGGUCGAAAGAAGCGAAAACGACGAAAUACAGUAUUACACGUUCGAAAUUCCCCUCCCAGAUAAUAAAAAGGACACAGUUCUUGUGAACUCUGAUGUGCUCAACAAAAUAAAGGCAAAUUCACAGAAAUAA